GGCUGCCCUGAUUUGUGUCAUGGGUGUCGAGGUCAGGGAGGUUGUGUGGUUUGUGUGUGUGUUGCAGGUGUGAAGUAGUAACCGUAGUAACUGUGUUAAUAAAAAUGGCUGAUGAAUUGCAAGAUAUUUCAAAAUUAAAAGUGGCAGAUUUGAAGAAGGAACUGAAAGGUAGAGGUCUGAGUGUGGUGGGAAAUAAAACUGAAUUGGUAGGAAGAUUACAGCUAUCUUUACAAGGAGAGAACUCCUUGAUCAUAGAGCCUGAUUCUGUAGCAGGUGAUUCUGAGGAGAUUAUGGAUGAUGAUGAUGUCCUCGCUGAUGAAGAGGAGGAAGAAGUCUUGGUGGGUGACAUCAGCACCUCCCCAGAACCAAAACUAAGGAAGCUGGCACCAGUGUCUGAGGAUGAAAGUCUUGUGUCCAACAAACCUGCUGCAGCAAGCGCCAAAAAGAUUGUGCUAAACCGCAAUGUGGUUCCAUCUGCUGCAAGCUCUGAGAAGGAAAACCACCAGCAGCAGACAGCACAGGGCAUCUCUGAUACAGGACAGCAGCCACAGCGCCAGCAUCAGCAGCAGUCUGAUGGCAAGAAGGUCAUCAAGCUGUCUGCCUUUUCCAUGAAAGAGCGCCUGGAGAUGCGAGCACAAAAGUUUGGUGUGGAACUGUCAGUAGAUGCCAAGAAGGAAGCCAGAGCUGCUCGCUUUGGAAUAUCGGCACCCCUCAACACAGGCACCACUGUUACGCAAAGUUCAGACAUUCUUCGUAAGCGGGCUGAGAGAUUUGGGCUGACAUUGUCUCCAGUAAGCAGCAGAAACUUGAGCAAGGUUGAACUCAGUGAAAAGCUGGAAAAGAGGAAGUGGAGAUUUGGUGCUGAUGAUACAGCACACGGAAAGAAGAGCCCCAUAAGCAACAGUGUCCUGGAGGAGAAGAAGCGGCUUCGAGCAGAGCGAUUUAAGCUUACCAAAUAGCCUGUCAUAUUGUCACUCUAUUGGACUGCUUUGGCACAAGAAUGUGUUGAAAUGUAUCAUGUCAGCAGCAGUGCAGUGUGAUGGUGUGGUACUCUCCGUAACUCUUGUAGGAAGUAUUAUGUUUGUAUGAAUCUCACCCUCAUAAUCAUCUCAGUACAUGUUUCAUAGCUACAAGGGUGAAUGAAGUUGUUAAUAGUCCAAAUAGCAAUAUGCAUGGCAUACUUCUUUCCUUCUUAUAAUAAAAUAAAAUUUGUGAAAAGAAAAAAUUUACUAUCAUUCCCAUCCCAAAGAGUACAGGAAUUUGAGAAAAUGUUUUUGUUAUAUGUCACACCAUAACCUGGCAGAAAUGCAUCUCAUUACCAUGGUUACUAUAAAACGUGAAAUUUAUAUACUCGUCAUGGGCCCGAUGCUUUUCUGGCAAAUGAAGUAAUAAGGUAAAGUUGUACCUCUGCCUAACUAAUUGAGCACUAUGCCAUGAAGACGUAUGAAGGAGUGAAUGUAUA